AUGGAUCCUCCAAGCCCGAAUUGGAUGUCGAGCGGUGCAUUGAAGCGGCCAGCAGGCGGCGCUAGCGUCGGCUCCCGCGACUUGCCAAUCCCGAGCCAGCGCCAGCUCAAGACGCCCAAGGUCACGUACCACAGGGUCUGGAGACAUCGCCGCCAGCGCCGCGACCCAUACACCAUAAUCACCUCCGAUGACGAGAAGGAGAACGAAGCUCCAACAGCAAAGACUUGUCGCAACGUUCACCAAAACAGCAUGGACCCGAAAGUCCUCAGUCUUGGUCUCGCAGAAGAUACCAACAGCACUGCGGCCAGCGCGGAAGUCAUGAACUCAGCCGCCGAUCCAUUCACCACCAAAACGCGCAGCCCGAAAGCCAUGAGCGUAGCCGACAACACCAUCAGCGACAACACCAUCCCAGCAGCGCCCAUCACAGCAGCGCCCACCACAGCAGCGCCCACCACAGCAGCGCCCACCACAGGAGCGCCCACCACAGCAGCGCCCAGCACACAAGUCGCGGACGACGCGUCCACCACAGUCUUCGCAUCCCAUACGAUCCCAAGGACUCCCCCACAAGCACCUGAGGAAGAAUCGGAAGUCGAAGACACCAUCACAACAUCGCCGAGUACACAAGUCGCGGACGACGCGUCCACCACAGCCUUCGGAUCCCACACAAUCCCAACGACUCGCCCACAAGCACAUGAGAAAGAGGCGGAAGACGAAGACGAAUCAGUCAUAGUCGUAGCACCCAACCCAACCACGACGACUCGGCCGCGCGCACCCAAGAAGCAGAAGCAAGGGCAAGAGCAGAAGCAGAAGCAGCCCCAAAAGCAGAAGCAGGGCGAAAAGCACAGGCAGAACGACAAGCAGAAGCGCAACACCGCCUCGCCUUCUUCUUCAACAUGGUAUCAGAUCGACAAAAUCCUUCGCCAAAAGAACCCAAGCUCAAACACCAACAACGCUGAAGGUGAGGCGGAGGCUCAAUACCUCAUCUCCUGGUCCGGCCACCAACCCAACAGCAAAAAAACACCUUGGCCCUACUCCUGGGAACCGGAAUCGCAUGUCACCGCCGCGGCUCUCGAGGAUUGGAAGGUCGAGAUGCGGAAGCGCAAGAGCCGGCCGGGAGAAUGUGAGAGUGGGAGACCAUUGAAGAUGGGAAGCGGCAAGCUUGACGUUCCGCUCAUAAUACUCAGCAGACUUGGAUCAAAUCAGCGCUGGUAUGCUGGCUACGGUGGACUUCAAGCACGCCGAGGCUACGAAGCCACGCCGAGUACAAGUGGCAGAGCGGGCGGGCGGGCGGGCGGGCGGGAAGCGCCGAGAUCCCAUCUCCUACCUCUAUUCAGGCUUGCGGGAUAA